CACUAGUUCCAGCUGCAGUGAAAUAGGUUAGCUGAUCUAGCUGGCUGUUCAAACAUUCCACUACUGUACUUUUCUAGUUAGUUAAUUGUCUAUAAUGUCAGACUCUUUGCUUCGUUGGUGUGUAGAUGAGUUAAACAGUAAUUUCGGUUUGGAAGCAAGUGAUGACAUUGUUCAUUAUAUUCUGUCCAUCAACAAUGCCGGUGAAAUUGCGGAGUAUGUAGGCGACCUGCUACAAGGAACCGACGGGAGGAAGAAACGUUUCAUCGAUGAGCUGAUACGGAGAUGUCAGGGGAGCAGCACUCAGGUCGAGAAUGGGCCAGAGCUAAUCCUCAUGAGAGAUGCAGUAACAGAGGGUCCAGAUGUUACAAAAGACACCCAGAAAAAGUCAAAGCGGAAAGGAAGGAACAAACAGGAGGUCAUAUCUGUCAGUCAAAUGGAGCCGGAGGAGGAGACUGUAAAAACCCCUAUUGACUUGAUUAAGGCACAAGAGAACAGCGCCUCUUCCUUGGUGAAGAAAAAGAACAAAUUUGUAAAUUUAUAUGCUAAAGAGGGUCAAGACAGGCUUGCAGUUUUGCUGCCUGGACGGCAUUCCUGUGACUGCCUGGCACAGAGGCACAAACUUAUCAACAACUGCAUGACCUGUGGGCGCAUUGUGUGCGAGCAGGAGGGCUCUGGCCCUUGUCUCUUCUGUGGCAGUCUGGUUUGUACUAGAGAAGAGCAGGAGAUCUUGCAACGGGACUCAAACAAAAGUCAGAAACUCCGAAAGAAACUUAUGGGAGAUCGUAUUGCCUGUGAGGGAUCAGACAAAGACUACCUGCCUCACCAGGAGGCCAGGAUUAAGGCAGGCUUAGAGAAGGCUAUUCAGCACAAAGACAAACUGCUGGAGUACGACAAGAAUAGCGUUCGCCGAACGCAGGUCUUGGACGAUGAGUCAGACUACUUUGCCACAGACUCCAACCAGUGGCUGUCUCCAGUAGAGCGGGAGGCCUUGCGUAAACGGGAGGCGGAGCUACGGGACCUACGCCAUGCCUCCCGCAAGGACCGCAAGAUCACGCUGGACUUCGCAGGCAGACGGGUGCUGGAGGAAGACGAGAACCUCACUCAGUAUUACAACAAGUUUGAUGAAACCGUGAAGGCCAUUAACAGUGGGACUCUGCUCCAGACACAGAAGAGCUCGGUUCCAGCUGGCCGUCAGCACCUCAGAGAGCUAGUUAACCCCAACAUUGUGCAGACUGCACCACAGUGGGUGGACGUGGGCGGUGGCGAGACGUCCCGACCUCGGUCCAAAGCCUUGGAUGGCAAGGUGAGCAGCGAGCGCGCCAGGCUCCGGCUGCAGGAUGGCGAGCUUCAGGAGAUGGCAGACAGUGGCUGGUGCCUCAGCAUGCAUCAGCCGUGGGCCUCGCUCCUCACCCGCGGCAUAAAGAGAGUGGAGGGCAGGACGUGGUACACCUCCCACAGAGGGCGCCUGUGGAUCGCAGCUGCUGCCAAAAGACCCAGCCCUCAGGAGAUGGCUCAGGUGGAGGCUAUGUAUCGCCAGAUCUAUAAGCGAGAUCUCCAGUUUCCUGAGGAGUAUCCCACCGGCUGCCUGCUUGGUUGUGUCAAUAUGACGGAUUGUCUCUCCCAGGAGCAGUUCAGAGAACAGUACUCUGAGAUCAGUGAGGAGUCUGCCUCUCCAUUUGUCUUCAUUUGCACCAACCCCCAGGAGCUGCUGGUGAAAUUCCCCAUGAAAGGAAAGCACAAGAUCUGGAAGCUGGAGAGUGGAGUUCACCAAAGUGCCAAGAAGGGGUUAAUGCAGGCCAUCUGACCUCAGCAAAGCCAUGUCAGGCAAGAGGAACCGAGUCCCCAGCCUGUGGAAGCUUUAUGCCGCCCAUGUCAUGCUAUACUGGGAUUCAUCACGGAUCACUGCUGGCCGUAGGACAAUGUGACACAAGUGGCUGACCUGAAAUCUGCUCCAUUUUGGCAGUUGCUUGAUUUUUCUAAGGACACCAUGAGUCUGUCAAGCUAUAUUUGGGUUUUCUGUAAUAAAAAGUUCAAACCUAAUCCCAUCUGUCUUUGUUUGCAUGAGAGACAUUGUAGAUUAGAGCUUAAUGAUUUAAUUUCACAAUUUACACUAUUCCAUCCACUAUAUCUGAUUGAUACAACCUCACAAAAAUUCUCAGCGGACUUGUGACUUGAAAAGUGAGCGGACCGAAUGUGAAUCGGUUGACUGAGCAUGGAAUGCUCUGCUUACUAAAGACCUGAUUGUUCUGCGGAGCCAUACUGGAGCAACCCUUGUGAUUCGGGCCACAAUGGCCGUCAAAGGCAGAGGCACUCAGGGUUUCGGACAUGCUCCUCUUAAAGUGAUUGAGGAGCCUCUUUGUGACACAAGCAUCUCUGCGCUAGAAAGGGCGAACAACUGUGCCAAAUGACUCCCAGUAAUGGCAGGCUUCAAGAUGCAAGGAACAGCACAAAGGUUCUGAGUGAUUUUUCCCCUGAGCCACAAUUUUUUCCAAAGUGCAUCACUAAUUAGUUUUUUUGUCCCCCCCCCACCCCCUUUCUGCUACAGUACAAAGUUGCGCAAUGUCUAUUUAAAUUCCUUUAAUAAAUGAUCAAAUUUAACAUCUGUUGUUUAAAAUACAUUUAUGUCCUACUUUGUCAUUCUAAAAGACUUUACCAUUAGCUCUGUGUGCUCCAAACACAGAUGUGGUAAUCAGCAGCCGACAGCCAUGAGCAAUACGCGCUGCAUAAGCAGUAAAAUAAUGAGUACUAAAUAUCUUGUGAAUAAAAAAAAAAACCUGUGAAA